AUGAUCAAAAUAGCAUGCGAACAUAUCCGAAACAACAUUCUAUACCUACGGGUAUUAGUGAACUUUUGUAUCAUUCCCAACUCAGAUGAUGCUAUGGAUAAAAACAUAUUCUCACAAAAGUUUGCUAUGAGCCGUUACAUAACUCCUGAAUUUACUACUAUGUGUGCCAUUAUCACGAUUAUAUAUGCUUCAUUAAGACCACUGUCGGAUUCCAUGGCGGUUUCAUCUUCCAAGCUUCCAGGAGGCAGUGACAGCAAAGCGGAAACUAGCAUCGUCGGAUAUAGUGUUAAAAAUUGUACUAUGUACUUUCAACAUGACAUGACACACGGACACUACAUUAUGAUUUCGUAA